AGGACUGCCUGCCUGCCUGCCCGCCGCGCACCCACCCAGCGGGCGGGGACUCCCCGGGGGAGAUGCGCCGCCGCCUCCGCCUCCCCCCGCCGCGGGGGGGCUGCUGGGGCUGGGGGUGGGCGCUGUGUGCCGCGGGGGGGCUGCUGCUGCUGCUGCUGGGGCGCGGCUGCUGCGCGGCAGGCUCUUCUGCGCACUCGCUGCGCUACUUCUUCACGGGGGUGUCGGAGGCGGGCCGGGGGCUGCCGGAGUUCGUCAUCGUGGGCUACCUGGACGACGAGCGCUUCGUGCUGUACGACAGCCAGACCCGGCGGGACGUGCCGCAGACGCCCUGGAUCCAGGAGGUCGAGAGGGACGACCCCCGCUACUGGCACUGGCAGACGCAGCUCUCCCGCAACUGGGAGCUCUUCUUCCGCGUCAGCCUCUGGAAUCGCCACAACCAGAGCCGCGGAUUCCACACCUGGCAGUGGAUGCACGGCUGUGAACUGAGCAAGGAGGGGCACAAAAGGGGCUAUUCCCAGUUUGCCUACGAUGGCAAGGACUACCUCAGCUUGGACAAAGAGACCCUCACCUGGACAGCAGCCAACAGCCGGGCCCAGGUGACCAAGCGGAGGUGGGACGCCGACAGAGUCUGGACCGAAGGGCGCAGGAACUUUGUGGAGGGGCGCUGCGUGGAAUGGCUGCAAAAGUACCUGGACUUUGGGAAGGACACCCUGCUGCGAAAAGAGCCUCCCGUGGUGAGGGUGGGGCGCAAGGAGGGCUACGACGGCUUGGAAACCCUCACCUGCCGGGCCCAUGGCUUCUACCCCAAGGAGAUUGAGGUCACCUGGAAGAAGGACGGAGAGGUCUGGCAGCAGGACACUUUCCACGGGGGGGUGGUCCCCAACUCGGACGGGACUUACCAUACCUGGAUCAGCGUCACGAUUGACCCGAAGGACCGGGCCCGCUACCGCUGCCACGUGGGACAUGAUAGCCUGCAGGGCCCUGUGGAGGAGGCCUGGGAGGAGGCUGUCUCCGCGUGGCCCAUCGUGGGGGGCCUCUUGGCGGUUGCAGCCGUGGUUCUGCUAAUGGUCGGGGUCAUCUCCUGCACCAGGAGAAGAGGGGAGGACUGCACUGCAGCACCCAGAAGCGACAAGGAGACGGAAAACUUCACCACGGGCGUAACUGAGCACUUUUCAAAUAGUGAGAUAUUGUGACUGGCACCGUGCAGAGGUUUUGCGUUCCUUCAGUCCAGACUUGCAGUUUCUCCUGGAGCUCCAGAAGCAGCCAGCCCUUAAGAGUGCAAACAUUGGUCACAGACUAUUUACCAGGCUUGCUGUGUGUGUGUUGGGGGGGAGGGGGGGUGUUUGGCUUUUUAAAUGUAUUGACUACUUGUAGUGUUCUUUUGGGAAUUCUGCCAUCAGUAGAAUUUUGAUCGGGGUUAAGUUUUUUACACGUACUCUGUGACUGUAUAGCUUUGCGAAGCGUUUCAGGUGCUUUUUCCUGAGCGGAAAAGCAGCGAUACAAAUAAAUUUAUUUAUUUAUUAAAA